GCGAGCCCUUGUAGGCGUGGCGCCCGGGAGGACUUGGUCGCCGAGCAGUUCUUGCUUUCGCUCACCCGGCUGGUGGAGGCAGGAUUCCCAGGAGCUAUGUUGUCAGAAGUCCUGCUGGUGUCUGCUCCAGGGAAAGUCAUCCUUCACGGAGAGCAUGCUGUGGUCCACGGCAAGGUAGCACUGGCUGUGGCCUUGAACUUGAGAACAUUUCUCCGGCUUCAGCCUCACAGCAACGGACAAGUGUGCCUCAACUUACCAAACAUUGGCAUCAAGCGGGCCUGGGAUGUGGCCAGGCUUCAGCUGCAGGACACGAGCUUUCUGGGGCGAGGUGACGCCUCGGCACCCGCCGCGGAGCUGGCGGAGAGGCUGAAGGAGGUGGCGGGCUUGCCCGAGGACUGCGCCGACCCCGAGCGCGCGGCUGUGCUGGCCUUCCUGUACUUGUACCUGUGCAUCUGCCGGAAGCAGAGGGCCCUGCCCAGCCUGGACAUCACCGUGUGGUCCGAGCUGCCCGCUGGGGCCGGCCUGGGCUCCAGCGCCUCCUACUCUGUGUGUAUGGCCGCCGCCCUCCUGACCACGUGCGAGGAGAUCCCAAACCCGCUGGGGGACGGCAAGUCUACCAGCAGGUGGAGCGCGGAGGCCUUGGAAUUAAUUAACAAGUGGGCCUUCCAGGGGGAAAGAAUGAUUCAUGGGGACCCCUCCGGAGUAGACAACGCUGUCAGCACUUGGGGAGGAGCACUCCGGUACCAGCAAGGAAAGAUUUCACCCCUAAAGAGGCUGCCGGCUCUGAAGAUCCUGCUGACCAACACCAAAGUCCCCCGCAGCACCAAGGCUCUGGUGGCCGGCGUCAGGAACAGGCUGCUUAAGUUCCCAGAGAUCGUGGCGCCCAUGCUGUCCUCCAUCGACGCUAUCUCCCUGGAGUGCGAGCGGACGCUGGGGGAGAUGGCAGUGGCCCCCACCCCGGAGCACUACCUGGCGCUGGAAGAGCUCAUUGACAUGAACCAGCACCAGCUGAACGCCCUCGGUGUGGGCCACGCCUUGCUGGACCAGCUGUGCCAGGUGACCAUGGCCCACGGGCUGCACAGCAAACUCACCGGCGCGGGCGGCGGCGGCUGUGGCAUUACGCUCCUCAGGCCAGAUCUGGAGCAGCCGGAGAUCGAGGCCGUGAAGCAGGCUCUGCACAGCUGCGGCUUUGACUGCUGGGAGACCAGCAUCAGUGCCCCCGGCGUCUCCGUCCACGCGCCUGCCUCCCUGGAUGCCUCCAUGCGCCGGGCCCUGGACGGCCUCUGAGAGGAGUCUGUGCCGCUGUGGCCCUACCGAGAGGCCCUGUCCUGGAUCCUUCUGGGUGCCGGAGCUGGCCUCUGCUGGCCACCG